CAGCUUGGUUUUUGAUAGUAAUUAUUGUUAGUAAAGUAUUGCAUUUUUUCGUACGUUCCUUUUUAUUUCCUUUUUCAUUGUUUCUUUCGUUUUCUUUCAUUUUCCUGACAUUUUCAUUUUUCCUCGCAUUUCGUUCUAAUUUGCUGUUUGUACAUUGUCAUUGAACAGCUGUAUAUAAACUGAAUUUUGAACGAUUGAUUUUGAUAUAACAUUUGUUUUCGCAUGCAGCUGUACUAGCUAUAGAACUUUACCAUCGCCACGUAACUUGGAUAUUUCCUAGACCACAUCACUUUCAAAUCUAAAUUAUAGAAAUUGAUAGUCAGAUUGUUCAAAGAGAUGUUUCAUAGCUACCUUCUAUUUAUCUUAAAAUGUUCCCAAUUAUUAGCCAUACUCUCGAUUUAUAAGUCAUUUGCCUACUCGAAAUAUGGAAUUGAAAAAAUAACCGCCAAAAACUACGAGGAGAAAGUUCUAAACAGUGAAAAAGACGCAYRUAUAUUGAUAGUCAAAAAUGUCGGCAAAAUAUCCCUGGAGGAGCUGAUGGAGUUUGAAUUCCGUCUCCGAGGUUUGUUUAUAAGAGUGGGUAUCAUYGAUCCUCAAAAGGAUGGAGCAUUUUUGAAGAGAAAGGGUUUUCUGGACAACAAYAAUUCGUAUCCUUUAGCUCGUGUUUUUCCGUACGGUGGUUGGAAGRUAAAGGUAGCUGGUAAGAAAGAUGUGCGAACUUUGAAAGAAGCGAAGAAAAUGGCGCUACAAAGUAUACCCGACGAAACAACGAAGAUACAUUCAGACAAAGAACUAGAGCACUUUGUUCAUUCAUCGUAUGGAACGUCGCCUCCUCGUUUUCCAGUGAUUCUAUUCUCGGGUAAAACAAACAAAUAA